CGGUGGAUUCAAACAGCAGACAGAGAAAGGAGCUGAACAGAGCGAAGGAAGAAAACAAGAAAGCUAGAAAACAAAAGAAUCUUAAUUUUUACUUCACGCUCUGAUUGAAACUUUGCUGUCUUCUUUUGAAGGACAUUUUUAAAAAAAUAUAUUUUAUUUAAAAACUUUGAAGAAAUAAAAAAUAAUGGCUGGCUGCAAGAUCAUCAUCUCUGCCAUUGUGGUGCUCCUGGCCUCCCUGGCCAUCACUGAAGGAAUGAGCCUGAGAAGCCCUGGAGUGGCGAUGCACUGCCGCUGUAUCCAGAAAGAGAGCAGAUUCUUUGGGCGUUCAAUCGAGAAGGUGGAAAUAAUUCCUGCCAGCUCUCACUGUGAAGAGACUGAGAUCAUUGCUACUCUCAAAAAGUCAGGUGUAGAAAUCUGCCUUAACCCUGAGGCUCCUUGGGUGAAGAAAGUGAUUCAAAUGAUGAUGUCAAACAACAAGAGACGCUGAACACAGAAAAAGACAGAGAGAGAGAGGGAGACCUCGGACACCUCGGUCAGCUAUAUCUCUGACACAUUGGAUCACAUAAUUCAUGCACUCUGUCUAUGUUUGUAUCAAACAUGCUAUUUAUUGUUUCAUGUUUGUGUGAGUAUGUCUUGAACAUACAACCACUGCCGUCUGCUUCUGAAGUCUGUGAAAAAGGAUUUGCUUGUGUGGCCUUUCUUGUAUUUAACAUAUUUAUAACUAUUUAUUACACUUUUGAUACAACAAUUGUUCAAUAAAAUGUUAUUUGGAGUUGAAAAUA